UCGUGGUUUUACUCGGUACUCGCUUGGCUGGGCCUGCGCGUGAGCUAGCACGCGCCAAGCGAGAAAAGGGAGAGAGAGGGAGGGAGCGAACAUCGGCGGCAGCAAGCCAUCAGCCCCGUAAUCGAGAAAGAAAAGAAAAGAGAAGUUACGCAAGAAAGAAUUGCUGUAAUUUUCUCACCUGCUGGGCUACAGUGGGUAAAUUAAGUCCACCAGAGGCUCAGGUGACAGAGGAGACCGUUUGCGAACUCCGUAGGAGCAAAACAACAAAAGCAAAAAUACGGGAUUUAACACAGGCAGUGACAAUAAAACAACACUCCCUGACAAGUGGGCUGCUGGCUGCUGAAGGAGCAGGCAGGACAAGGAAAAAAGGAAAUAAAUACGACAUCUGCUUCUCCCUUUAAGGUAUUUAAACGUUAUUUUCAAAACAUCAAUUCUCACUGAACUUUAAAUUCAUGAAACAAUGAAGACUUAGCCAGAACUCAUCAAGUGUCUCUGCAGUAGCUAACGUUAGUUAGCUAGUAAGUGAGCGGUGUUCGCUAGCUACAGUAGCGUUUUGCUAGCGACUAACGUUAGCUAAGCUAGCUGACUAAACGUGUUGUUUUCCAAUAAACUUUGGUGGUGUUUUUAAUAACCCGAACAGUGAAGGAGUGCUUCAAGACUAGAGGGGGAGGGCAGGUUCCCUUCUUGACAUAUUCCCCUCUACACAUUUUCCUUAAAAUGAUAGCUGCGGAGGUCAGUAGUGAGGACACGGGCUCUGUCUCGACAGGGGUGGCAGGCGGCGGAGGCCCCGAGACGGCCCAUUUUCCGUUUUAUCCCAAUCAGACCAGAGUGCGGGUCACAGAUUUUGGCCAGCGGUCAGCACCAAACUCCCGCUACCAGUCGAACACCUCCCCGGACGCCCUCUCUGAUAUGAGUAUGAUUUACCCCGUAUCUGGAGGAGAUAUUACCGGACCAGUCUUGUCCGCUACAGGGAAUGGUGGUGGUGGACACGCAAUUUGUCAAGGAACAAGCUCAGGGACCAUUGGCGGUGUGUGCUACUCCCCCACCUCAGAGGGGCCCGGCAGCCGGAUAUCACCCACCUCGGCGGGUCCAGACGGGCCCAGUGUCUUCCCCCCACUACCACCACCACCUCUGCUGCCCACAGGCUACGGAGGACUCAGCACUGUGGAUGAAAGCGAGAUGCAGGAUGGACCAGAAUACGAGGAAGAGGAGGUGGUCUUCCCGCUCUCAGCGCCGCCCACUAACCAGUGGUACCAUGGGAAGCUGGACCGGACCAUUGCUGAGGAGCGGUUGCGGCAGGCCAAGACUCCUGGCAGCUACCUCAUCAGGGAGAGUGACCGCCGGCCCGGCUCCUUUGUCCUGUCCUUCCUCAGCUUGACCAGCGUGGUCAACCAUUUCAGGAUAAUCGCCAUGUGUGGAGACUAUUACAUUGGCGGGCGCCGGUUCUCGUCCCUGUCGGACCUGAUUGGUUAUUACAGCUAUGUGUCUUGCCUGCUGAAAGGUGAAAAGCUGCUAUCACCUGUGGCUCCCCCAGAGCCUGUAGAGGACAGGAGGCGAGUGAGAGCCAUUCUUCCAUACACCAAAGUGCCAGAGACCGAUGAGAUCAGCUUCCUAAAAGGGGACAUGUUUAUCGUUCACAAUGAACUGGAUGACGGCUGGAUGUGGGUGACCAACGUGAGGACAGAGGAGCAGGGCCUCAUUGUAGAGGAUCUAGUGGAGGAGGUGGGACGGGAGGAGGACCCACAUGAGGGCAAAGUCUGGUAUCACGGCAAGAUCAGCAAACAGGAGGCCUAUAACCUUCUGAUGACAGUUGGUCAAGUGUGCAGCUUCCUGGUCCGGCCGUCAGACAACACACCCGGGGAUUACUCACUGUUUUUUCGCACUAAUGAGAACAUCCAAAGGUUUAAGAUAUGCCCCACCCCCAACAAUCAGUACAUGAUGGGGGGGAGGUACUAUAACAGUGUUGAUGACAUUGUGGACCAUUAUAAGAAGGAGCAGAUUGUAGAGGGCUACAACCUGAAAGAUGCUGUUUCGGUGCAGCACCAGGAACAAGUGCUCUCAGAGUUGGUGGACGGCAAGGAGAUCUAUAACACUAUCAGACGGAAAACGAAAGAUGCGUUCUACAAAAACAUUGUCAAGAAAGGCUACCUCCUAUUCAACAAAGGCAAAGGUAAGCGGUGGAAGAACCUCUACUUCAUCCUGGAGGGGAACGACGCCCAGCUCAUCUACUUUGAGAGUGAGAAGAGAGCCACCAAACCCAAAGGUCUGAUUGACCUGAGUGUGUGUUCCGUGUACGGUGUGCACGACAGUCUGUUUGGCAGACCAAACUGUUUCCAAGUUGUGGUCCAGCACUUUAGUGAGGAACAGUACAUAUUCUACUUCGCUGGCGAGACUCCUGAACAGGCACAGGACUGGAUGAAAUGUCUGCACACGUUCUGCAGUAACCUUAGGAAACCCACCCAGCCCACUCCCAACAAGAGGCUCCGACAGGUGAGCAGCCUGGUCCUGUAUGUGGAGGAGGCCCACAAGCUGCCUGUGAAGCACUUCACCAACCCCUACUGUAACAUCUACCUGAACAAUGUGCAGGUGGCCAAGACCCACCCCCGAGAGGGCCAGAACCCCGUCUUCACAGAAGAGUUCAUCUUUGAUGACUUGUCGAGUGAAAUCAACAGGUUUGAAAUCAGCCUGAGCAAUAAGACAAAGAAGAGCAAAGAAAGUGACAUCUUGUUCAUGCGUUGCCAGCUGAGCCGCCUACAGAAGGGCCAGAUGAUAGACGAGUGGUUCCCUCUGAGCUCCCACGUGCCUCUGAAGGGCAUCGAGCCGGGCUCUCUGAGGGUCCGAGCCCGCUACUCCAUGGAGAAAAUCAUGCCUGAGGAGGAGUACAGCGAGUUCAAAGAGCUGAUCCUGCUGAAGGAGUUCCAUGUGAUCUAUGCUCUGGCCCAUGUGUGUGGGCAGGACCGCACCCUGCUGGCCAGCAUCCUGCUGCGCAUCUUCAGACACGAGAAGACCGAGGCCCCCUUACUCAGGACACUCAACGACCGAGAGAUCAACAUGGAGGACGAGGCGACAACCCUGUUCCGAGCGACCACUCUGGCCAGCACGCUGAUGGAGCAGUACAUGAAGGCCACGGCCACACCCUUCGUCCACCACGCCCUCAAAGAUACAAUCCUCAAGAUCAUGGAGAGCAAGCAGUCCUGCGAGCUGAACCCCUCCAAACUGGAGAAGAACGAGGAUGUACAUCUGAACCUGGCCCACCUCCUCCUAAUCCUGUCUGAGCUGGUGGAGAAGAUCUUCAUGGCUGCUGAGAUCCUGCCCCCUGUAAAUAGGCUUUCAUCUGUCAUCGACGAUGACGUCCCCAUCGAUGAUGGCUGUCAAUCAUUGUCGACACCCGAUGACAUCGUUCAUCGGCCCAACCCUAAUAAAACUCUACGAUAUAUCUAUGGGUGUCUACAGAAGUCAGUGCAGCAGAAAUGGCCCAACACCACUAUGAGAACCCGGGUGGUCAGUGGCUUUGUGUUCCUGAGACUGAUCUGUCCUGCCAUCCUCAACCCAAGAAUGUUCAACAUCAUCACUGACCCUCCCUCUGCAACAGCGGGACGUACCCUCACUCUGGUUGCCAAGUCUGUCCAGAACCUGGCUAACCUGGUGGAGUUUGGUGCUAAGGAGCCCUACAUGGAGGGAGUGAACCCCUUCAUCAAAAACAACAAACAUAGGAUGAUCAUGUUUUUGGAUGAGUUGGGUAAUGUCCCUGACCUCCCUGAAGCUACAGAGCACUUUAGGACAGACCUGUCCCGUGACCUUGCUGCCCUGCAUGAGAUCUGUGUCUCGCACUCAGACGACCUCCGCACCUUGAGCAACGAGAGGGGAGCACAGCAGCACGUGCUGAAAAAGCUGCUGGCCAUCACUGAGCUCCUUCAGCAGAAACAAGAUCACUAUGCCAUGUCCAACAGCAACAGGACUGAGUGCACCAUCAUGGCAUUGGCUGCCAUCAUCCAGGUAAUGUGAUUUUUACCAAUGGGACGAGGUCGGUCAGUCAGUCAGCCAUGUACUGGCAUGGAGCGCUGGACCGAAAAGCUAGGUGGUUUUGUAUUGAGCAUGUAGCUUUCUGGACAUUAUGAUCCAUUAUGGCUGACUGAGUCCUGCAAUGGGAAUGUGACUGACAGGAUCUGGGAAUCUCAUGCCAGUCCCACAGCCCUUGAACAGACACUGGUGAAAUAAUGAAUAACUCCUUACCCAAUGCUAACCUGAACUAUAUUCAAGCUUGAGGGCCAAAUCAGACAAGAGGACACUGAAGACUUGGCCUACAUGGCAGAGUUUUAUAUAGCUUACAGAGAACUAUAAACUGGACUAUCUCCUGUAUGUUGACUGGCUUGGCCUUUGUCCUGACUUGAACCCUUGAGGUCCCUACACAUUUAGCCUCCUUGUCAACAGUGGAACCUUCCUGAAGGACCUUGGGUCAGGGGCUAGCCAAAGCACCGUAGCGAUAACAACGACCUUCAGGGAAAUCUAAUGUAGCACCGAUCCAAGAAAGCCUUAACUCCCUUUCUACACACCACUACUUCACUUGAUUUUACAACCCUAUCUCCACAAUGGCUGCUUACAGUCCACACUGGCAUAUAUGCGCUCACACACACACACACACACACACACACACACACACACAGUACCAGUCAAAAGUUUGGACACCUACUCAUUCAAGGGUUCUUUGUUUUUACUAUUUUCUACAUUGUUGAAUAGUGAAGACACAAACUAUGAACUAACACGUGGAAUCGUGUAGUAACCAAAAAAGUGUUAAACAAAUAUUUUCAAAGUAGUCACCCUUUGCCUUUAUGACUGCUUUGCACACCUUUGGCAUUCUCUCAA